CGAGAUUUAUUGCGAAUAUCGCAAAACGGUAUUGGACUUUUGUGUUCAUUUCAAUCCGCUUUACGUCCUCGCAAGAGAUUGUGAAAGUGAUCUGGAACACCCUGUAUAUCUUUAUCAUCUGGACAUAGAUGAGAUGUUUCGAUUUCACCAUCUAGGUGGCUUCAUCCAGCAAUCAGCAAACGCUGCGUCUGGCCUACUCGCCAUCGUCUUCACGCGCGCGCGCGCGCGCGCGACGUCUUAGUUCAUCGCGGAAGUUCCGAUACGCAUCUUCCUGCGCCGGUAAUUUUCCUCUCAUCUCGUGUUACGCUUUGAUUCGCGCUCACCGAGCGUCGCGCGGCCAAGCGCGUAUUGCCAAGUCGUAGUGGUAGAAAAUAGAAAUUAAAGGAGUCCGCGCGCGACACACAUCACAUCCUAGCUGGCGUUGUUUACUCGGCCGUGUUGUAACGCCGCGAAGUUGUAGCCGCGAGGACGAGGAGCCGCUGUCGAGCCUCGAACUUUGCCUUUCAGCGAUUCCCGUGGUCGCGCUUCAAAGCGAGGCCUGCAUCUCAAGGGAGGCGCGCGCUGCUCUUUUCAUAUUCAAUUAAAUUUCUACAAAUAUGCGAAGUUGUUUGCGAGCUUGCCGGGAUUGAAGCGUCUCGCUUCGUGCCGAAGUUCCCGUAAGUUGAACCGCAACUCGGAGCUGAACGAAGCGACGAGACGGUGCUCCGUCGAUUUCCCAGUUGGAAGUGUUCGAAAAUAAAUCUGCUUCUGAGCGCGGACGGUUGCAUUAAAUGCAGCAAUUACAUAAUAAGUAUGUUGAGUCAGCGUGAGAGAUUUGUCGUUUUCCUCUAUCGGGUUCUCGUAGAAAGUUUUAUUGACAAACUACCAAGUCGAUGUUGCUUAUUUUAUUCGUGGAAACUGAACGAAUCCCUCGAAAUAAUUCGACAAUUCCGUCCUCUCUGCGCUCUGCUCGGCGGACACAACAGACCCUUUCCACCAGUCUGACAAAAAGUCCGUCAGAACGAAGUGCAUCAAACGGCGGAUGUGCGCGCGGAAAGUAAAAACGAGAAGCAUGAGGAGACAAGCAUCCCGAAGCGGGCAAGUGACUGGAAAAGAGAAAGGGACAGCGGAAAUCGGUCUCCUGCAUCGUGGAAACACUCUCGUUCGAGACAGAUAGGCACGUGCAGCGAGGAGGAACCAAGUGGCCAUCGCGACGGCGACGAGUCGACUGCGCCGAGGGCGAGCGCUCGGCACGUCGUCGGAGCCCGCGCGCGUCCUUGCCAGCUCACCGCUCCGUCCGACUUCACACCUCAGGGAGUGGGGCCAUCCCUACCAGCCGCGCUCGGCGGCUUCUACGUCGCCGCGCCGUUCCCCUCUCCCAUCCCACCACUCGCCGCGCUAUGUAAGAGCCCGCACAUGUUACCCCGCGUUUCAGUCUGGCAGCGGCACUCGCGAGCGUUGUUUCGCGCGUCGUCGGUACGGAUCGCCUGGGCGAAGGUAGGAAGCGCGCAAGCGAGCGAGCUAGGAAGGAAGGAAGAGCGAUAAAACGCUCGCCCACGAACGAGACGUAUACACACACACACACACACACGCGCAGCAGCGCACCACCGCGGGAAACUACCACGGGGACACGGUUUACGUACGUGUACGCGUGCGCGCGACAAGAGGAGUUCUUUUCCAGUGCGUCGCACGGAGCCGCGACACGACCUCGUCGCGCGACGCCUCUGUGGCGAAGGCCGAACGGUUGAUCGAGGGAACGCGCGAGAUAGGGGGAUAGAGAGGAAGAGGAGGAGCAGAGGAGAGGACAAGAGAGAGGAGCAUCGCACCCGCGUUUCCACCCCAUCCAAGCAGCACAUCUCGCGUUUUUCUUUUUUUACUUUUAUACAUACGCAUACGUGAACACUGCGACGCGAGUGCGCAUUCACCGCGUCUCACCCCGUGCGCGACCCCGUGGAAUACUCAAGUGAAGUACUUGCUACACCCUCCCUCUCCGCCGUUACCCGCUCGUCGAUUCUCCCUCGUUCCUCGUCCUGAUCAUCGGAGCGCGAGUGUUUGAGAAAGAGAGAGAGAGAGAGAGAGAAAGGAGGAAGGGAGAGUGUGAAAAGGAGAAGUUCCGUUUCAAUUCUGAGGACUACCGCAGUGUGGAUAAAUCACGACAGGUGUGAGAUCUCGUCCUCAUCGCCCGGAAGACAGGAAGAGAGAAACGUCCGCGACAGACACAUCCCAGAGCUUCGCGAGCGUUCCGAAUCGCGCAAGACGAUAGCUUCCCGCGCGCUCCGUCGUUAGUCGAGCGUCGACAUAACACCACCACCCGCAACAAUCCCUCGCCGGUGGCAAGACGGCCGAUCGUGCAGACGUCCUCGGUGCUAUCCCGCGGCCGCUACGAGCGUCAACAGCUCGAAGAUUCUCCCGAGGGCCAAGAUGCACAUCGAGGUGCAGGUGGCGCUUAACUUCGUGAUAUCAUAUCUAUACAACAAACUGCCGCGCAGACGGGUCAACAUCUUCGGCGAGGAGCUCGAGAAGGCCCUGAAAGACAAGUUCAAGGGUCACUGGUACCCGGAGAAGCCGUUCAAGGGCUCCGCGUUCAGAUGCCUCAAGACCGGCGACCCGGUCGAUCCGGUGCUGGAACGCGCCGCCAAGGAGAGCGGCGUGCCGAUUCAGGACAUCUUGGAGAACCUACCGGCCGAGCUCGCCGUCUGGGUCGAUCCAGGUGAGGUGAGCUACCGGAUAGGCGAGCUGAACGCCGUCAAGAUCCUCUACUCCGAGACCGGCGAUCCUCACGACGAGACCUCGGCCGAUCGCGAGGUCACUAAGACCUUCAACCCAGAGGCGCAGUGCUUCAGGCCGAUCGAGGCCGUCGGCACAUCGCUGGGUGGUCUUAGUCUCAGUCCAAAGUCCACCUCGCCCUUCUCGAGCUCGCUCGGCAGCAACACCAGCAACGGCUCGUCCAACAAUCAGCAGAGCGGCCAUGGCUCCGGCUCCUCGUCGGCACCCUCGCCGACUCCCAUCACCAGCUCCUUCAAAGGCUCGCCCAGUCCUGUGCCGGCCUUCAUCCCGCGCACCACCGCCCCACUCACAUUCACCACCGCCACCUUCGCUCAGACCAAGUUCGGCAGUACUAAACUCAAGACUAGCAGCAAACGCGCCAACAGGAUGUCGCCCACCGAGUUCUCGAACUAUAUAAAGCAGCGCGCGAUGCAGCAGCAGAUCCACCAUCACCAUCACCACCAGCAACAACAGCAACAGCAGCAGCAGCAGCAGCAGCAGCAGCAGCACCAACAGCCGCAGCCGCAGCAACAGCAGCAGCAACAACAACCGCAACAGGCGACCGCCGCGGGCGGUCUGCCGGUCUCGCAGAGCUCACCGCGCAGUCGCAGCCUGUCACCCGGCAGCAUAGUCGCCGGUGCCGGACAACAGCACACGGACCCCAGCGCGUACUUCUUCCAGCACGGCCCGGCGGCUUACCACGCGCAGUUCCCCCAUCGCAACAUCUUCGACUCGUCGAGCCACGGUGGCUACUUGCCUGCCGAUCUCUACGCCGGCGCCAAGUUCCCGUCGUCCUACCUCGACCCGACCGCACUCGCCGGUCACCAGUUCUACGGUGGCGGCGUGAACAGCACGAGCGGCGGCACCGGUGCCGGCAGCACAGCGAACGCCGGCACCGCCGUGUCUCAAAGCGCCGCUGGCGGCAAUCUGGGCCCGAUCGGCACCGCGACGACGAACGGCAACGUCAACAGCGCGACCGGCGCGGCACAGCAGCAGGAUAAGAGCGCUCUGGUCGAGGGCCUCAACAACUUCGGCCUCGGCUCCGUUGCACCCUACCCGGCCAGCCAAUACCAGCACUUGCUCGUGGCCAACUAAUACCUCGCGCGUGAUCAAGCUAACGCGCCGUCAGGGCGCCGUCCCGACGCGCGCGUCCUCGUCCUCGGCGCUGCUGCCGCCACGCCGAACGGCAAGAGGGAGAGGAAGAGUCGCGCGGCGACGCUAGCGGACACAAUCGUCGUCCCGUCGUCUUUGCGCCGUCGAGACGGCGUGCAGAGUCCGGCUUCCUUGCCCUGAUGACGAGCAUCGGGUGUCUGUCCCCAUUACUCUGUCUCUCUUCCCGACGAAACCGCUUCGCUCGGUCGUCGCUAUCAUUCGGGCGCUGCUGAUGAUGACGGUGAUUGACACCGUCAUCACCCCGCACCCUUGCCGCGAUUCCCAUCUGGACGCUUCUCUGAAAGGCUCUUUCGUUCGAUCUUUCCUGUCCGAGGGAGUUCGGGACACUUUGUACAUACACACAUCGUCCGUCGCGACGGCGGAUCGGUAGGGAGAGGAUACAUCGACGCGCGUUUGACAAAUGGGGGAGAGAUAGAGGGCGAGGAGAGAGACAGCCGCCGAAACGGUCGAGCCUGAUUGAUACGAUCACGGAAGCGAAGAGUCGAGGCGAAGAAAAGGAGGCGCGAUGAUUGGACGGAUAGAGCGUGUAAUGCGUGUGAAAAGAGAAAGAGAGAGAGAGAGAGAGAGAGAAAGAGUGUAUGUGUGUGUAUGUAUGUAUGAGAGAGAAAGAGAGAUGUCUGCUUCCGAAGUACGCCUGUUGCGAGAUAGAGUGUGCAUGCGGGACGUUUUAGGCGUGGAGAAGAGAAUAACAGGUGAGGAGAUGAGUAGGAGAAGGAUAGAAAAGCGGCCGACUAACGAGAAUAACGUGUAUAUGUGCUAAAGCUGAAACACCCGAUGAGGACCCGAUGGCGGGAGACGUUUGUCCGACGAAAGCCACCAUGUGGUUACUCCAGACAGACACACAUGUGCACACACACAAUUCUCACGCAAAGACACUCACACAUACACACAUGUGCGAUACUCGGCACACAUAGUGGACGUUCGGACGACGCAUCGAGCGCCGAUACCUGGGACAGCAAAGACUCGUACACUCGACGCAUACACACGUAGAGAGAAAAAGAGAGAGAAAGAAAGAGAGAGAGAGAGAGAGAGAGAGAGAGAGAAAGAGAGAGCGCGAGAUAAAGGACAUUUACACACAUACAAGUACACUGAUCUGCCCUUACACAUUACUCCGGCACACAUACGACGAUACGAACCCACACGGGCACACGUAGACCACACGUCACACGCGAGCAUCCACGCGUGCACGAGAGAGACACAUGAAGUAUCGAGAAGAAGAAAAAAAAAAAACAAAAGGAAACCACAUACCACGCGACACACUCACACAGAUAUUACCAACGUGUAAUAAUUUAUUUUUUCACUGGUAUAGUCGGAGAAUUGAUAAUGAAUAUAUCUGUAGAGCCUAUGUAUUAUAUUCAAGAUGCACUCACUCUUCACGGGUUCUCGCGAAACGGUAGGAACUAUAUACUACACACUUGUCCCCGCUCGUCGUGAGCCGAGCGAGCCGUCGAGAGAGAGAGAGAGAGAGAGAGAGAGAGAAAGGGAGAGAAAUUAGAGGGAGAUAGAUAAAUA